AUGACAGAAACAGUUUUAUAUAGUUAUUGGAGAUCAUCUUGUUCAUGGAGAGUUAGAAUUGCAUUGGCCUAUAAAAAGGUAGAAUACAAGUAUGUUGCAGUGCAUCUUGUCAAGAGCCAACAAAGUGAUCAAGAGUAUGAAAAGUUGAAUGCUAUGAAGGUCGUACCAACCUUGAUCAUCGAUGGCAACACAUUGGGACAAUCAUUGUCCAUACUUGAAUACUUGGAAGAGACAAGACCUCAAGUACCUCUUUUACCUACCGAUGCUGCCAAACGUGCUGUUGUACGUCAGAUGAUGCAAAUCAUUGGAUCUGACAUUCAACCACUUCAGAAUCUCAAAGUACUCAACAAGAUUGCAGAGAUUAGUGGUGGUGAUCAAUCAAAGAAACAAGUAUGGGCAAGUACUUGGAUCGCCAAUGGAUUCAAUGGUCUUGAAAAACUUUUAGAGAAACAUAGUGGAAAGUAUUGUGUUGGUGAUCAAGUUACUUUUGCUGAUUUAUGUAUUCCUGCUCAAGUUUAUAAUGCCAAUCGUUUCAAUAAUUAA